GCCGCCCGCCCGACGCCCGGUGAAGUGACGGACGGACACGACUGUGAGCGGCCAGUGUCGCCCGCGGACCGGCUGCCCUGCUGCGCGCGUCGUCGCCGAUGACACCAUGGUUUGCUCAGCUGUAGAGAUGAACCCGGCCCCCCUGAAAUCGUCCUUCAGCAUCGACUCGCUGCUCAACGACCCGUUCAAGCAGCGGGUGCCGCUGCCGGCGCCCGAGGCGGACGCCGUCUCCGACGACGGCAUCCUGGAGAGCGACGUCGACGUAAUCGGCACCGACGAGGACGCCGACAACUCGCGCGAGGCCGAGGAGAAGCUCUUCGACGCCGAGCCGGCCGACGAGAAGGCCGACGCCAAGGGCGACGACAAGGCCGACGACAAGGCCGACAAGAAGAAGUUCGAGAAGCCGCCGUACAGCUACAACGCGCUCAUCAUGAUGGCGAUCCGGAGCCACCCACAGAAGCGGCUCACACUCAGCGGCAUCUACGAGUACAUCCUCAAGAACUUCCCCUACUACCGCGAGAACCGGCAGGGCUGGCAAAACUCGAUCCGGCACAACCUCAGCCUCAACAAGUGCUUCGUCAAGAUCCCGCGACACUACGACGACCCGGGCAAGGGCAACUACUGGAUGCUGGACCCGUCCUCCGACGACGUCGUCAUCGGGCCAACGACGGGGAAGCUGCGUCGGCGCUCGUCGACGGCCGCGCGCAACCGUCUGGUGGCGUUCCGACACGGGCUGACUUCGCUGCCCUUCCCCGCGCUGUACCCGGCGGCGGCGUACCCGGGCGGCCGGCUGCCGGCGCCGCUGUACCCGCCGGCGGCGGCGCUCUACUAUCGCGGCGUGUACCCGGCGCUGUACCCGGCGCUGGCCGAGACCCUGACCGCCGCCUGGUCGGAGCAGGACGCCACCAGACUGCUGCGGUCGGAGCAGGACGUCACCAGACUGCUGCGGUCGGAGCAGGACGUCACCAGACUGCUGCGGUCGGAGCAGGACGUCACCAGACUGCUGCGGUCGGAGCAGGACGUCACCAGACUGCUGCGGUCGGAGCAGGACGUCACCAGACUGCUGCGGUCGGAUGACGGCGGCUUCGACACCUUGGCCUCCGCGCUGGUAUUUCGUAGCGCUCACCGGGGAGGGCAGCUCAAGUGUUUUCGGAAUUUCGAGAGCGACGGCGCUCUGCGGCCGAUCUGGGGCAAGGGCUUCCGCGUGGUGAUGGAUUGGGACGCGCUACUGCAACCGCAGCAGCUGCAGCAAGCUGUCGCCGGCCGACGCUCGCUCAGCUGUCCCCCGGGCGUCGACCUCAGCCGGGGCGGGCCGGCCGCCGAAAUGUCAAUGGGCACGCUGAAGACAAUGGCGCAGGGCUCGCCAUCAACAGGAGCGAUUCUCAACAGAGUGGAGGGAAGCCCUCGCGUCUAG